UGCUCCCCCCGUUCGUUCAUUCGCCUGAGGCGAUCGAUCUCCCUUUUCAAUGUCAGCUGGUGGAACAAGUUUUGUCAGUUUCGGUGUUUCUUUUGUGAUUGGAUUGGUUAAUUUGAGUAAGCAUGUUAAAACUGUUUUCCUCGAAAUAUAUAUCAACCACACCAUGUUCUGGGUAAGCAGAGCAGAGAGAGGAAAAGCGACCUGAACGGUGCAGCUUCUAAAGAAAUUGGAAUCUAACAGCAGCAAGCAGCAUAAUCAUCCACCCUCAGAAUGGGAUCACUGUUGAUUAACAACGAGAUGCGAAUGUUGGUCCCUUUCUUCAUAACUGCCUGCAUCUACAUAGUCAUCAGCCAGGACUCUUCGAUUCCUCUCUGGGUGAAAGGACUGAGCAAAGUCUUGCCAAUCACCUGUUUGUGCGUUCUUAUUCUGAAUUACGGAAAAGAAUUCAUAUAUCAUCACCACAGAGUUCAGAAGCUACUUGCGGGCCUCUUCUUUUCAACAAUGGGCGACUUGCUUCUGGUCGAGCAGAAUCGUUGGAUUUUCAUUGGAGGUGCGGCAAUGUUUGCUUUAGCCCACUGUACCUACACGUGGGCCUUUGGAUUCGAGACCCUGAAUCUUCGAGCAGGAGGUUUAGUUGCUGCUGUGGUCGCUGUGGCCUUGGUCAUUCUCGGCAGGUGCUCCACCGCACUUGACCUGCUGCUGCUCACCCUCUACUGCGGCCUGAUUGGAGUCAUGGCCUGGCGAGCCAACGCGGAGGUCUUGUUCCAUCACCAGCUGUCCCUGGCGAAGCUGCUUGGUGCAAUAGGAGCCUGGUUCUUUAUGGUAUCGGACCUGAUAUUGGCUAUAAACCUGCUGUGUUUUCCCGUGCUAUUUCAGAACACAAUUGUCAUGGCCACUUACUAUACAGCACAAAUGCUUAUUACCAUAGCUAUUGUAAAAGAUAGCAACAGCAAGAGUGACUAGGUUGCCUCUGUUUAGUUAUGCAAUAGAGAUUUUUUAAAUAUUACAAUUGACAGUGCAUUUGAUAUUUUCAGCAAACACCAAUGGAUUAUAAAUAUUAUCUUUAAUACAGAUCUCCCACUUGUUACCUGUAUACAUAACCAACCUCUAGUUUUGCUUGUACUUCAUUGUAAUAGAGUCAUAGAUCUAUAGGGUUCUACAGCAUAGAUACAGAUACUUUGGCCCACCGUGUUGUGCCUAUCUAUACUAAUCCUAUUUGCCUGCUUUAAUUCUGUAUCCCUCUGAGUUCUGCUCUUUCAAGAAUCUGCCCAGAUGACUUUAAAUUUUCUGACUGUUCCCUGCCUGCAGCACCUCCUCUGGCAGCUCAUUCCAGAGGCCAACUGUUCUUUGUGUGAAAUAUUUCCCCUCAGGUCCCUAUUAAACCUCUUCCCUCUCACUCUAAACCUAUGCCCUCUACUUUUAGUCAGCCCUACCUUACUUGUAUCCCACAAUUUUAUAUGCCUCUCUUUCAUGCUACCUCUCAGCCUUCUUUGCUCCAGGAAAAGCUGUCCAAGCAACACAUGCUGGAGGAACUCAGUGGGUCAGGUAGCAUCAAUGGAAAGAUAUUUUGGGCCGUGACCCUUCAUCAGGCUGAUUUAAAUUCUUCAGGGUAGGCAUCCUUGGAAGAGACUUUGCAUUGUAGUAGUCCAAUCACAUACUACCCAAGCUCUCAGUAUAACUCAGGUCCUUCAAUCCAAGCAACACUCUUGUGACUAUUUUCUGCGUCCUCUCUAGCUUGACCGCACCUAUAACGCGGCAACCGGAAGUGCACACAAUGUGGCUUAGCCAACGUUUUGUUUAGCCGGCUGGUGGUGUAGUGGCAUCAGCGCCGAACUUUGAAGCGAAGGCUCCUGAGUUCGAAUCCAUCCGGCUCCCUUGCACACUUUCCAUCCACGCUGAGUUGAGCGUCGAGCUGGCAACUCGGCUGUAAAAAUAAGAAAGCCUGCUAAAAAACGCCGUCAUGAUGGCGUCCCAAUGACUCCACUCUGAGUUAAGGGCUUUCUUCUUCUUUCUUCUUCAACGUUUUGUUUAGCCAUAACACCAUGUACCAACUCUUGUAUUUAAUGCCUCAAUCAAUGAAGGCAAGCAUGCCAGACAUCAUCGUCAUUGUGUGUACCCCUCAGUCUCUGUUCAACUGUGCUCUGCAGGGCCGUGCCAUUCACUGUGCAGAUCCUAGCCUGGGUAACCUUCCGGAAAUGCAUUGCUUUGCACUUGUCUGACAAAUUCCAUCUGCUACUUUCUACAUUGUUGCAUCCUUUGACAACUUUCUUCGUUGUCCACUAAGCCACCAACUUAAUAGAUAUGGCAACAGUGGACCCAGCGGCAAUUCCUGCAGCACACCAGUGGUCACAAGCCUCCAAUCGGAGAAACCCCUCUCCACCACCACCCCCUGACUCUUUGCACCAAACCUAUUUAGUAUCUUAGUAGGCUAGCUCACCUGGGAUCCAUCCAGACCAGCUUACGUGUACACGACCUCAUCAGAGGCCUUGCUGAAGUCCACGUAGCCAAUGUCUAUCACCCUGCCCAUGUUAUUCCACUUGGCCACCUCUUCAAACAGCUCAGUCAGAUUCAUAAGGAAAGAUUUCUCACACACAAAGCCCAACUGAUUGUUCCUGAUCAGUCCUGGUCUUCCCGAAUUCAAAUAAAUUCUGUCUCUCAGAAUCCCUUCCAAUAGCUUUCUGAAGAAAGGUUCCCUGGUGCCCUCCUUAAAUAAAGACACGCAUCAGCUAUAUUCCAGUCCUCUGGCACCUCGCCUGUUUUCUUAACUCCUAUGUCCAUGGAAACUCAGUUUGAUAAAUGGGGAAUUGUGCAUCCAAUGUGCGCAAGAUCAUGCUCAUCCAUCAAUCUUCUUCCUUUGUAAGGCUGGAAAAGUGGAAAUACUCAAGAUUAAAGAUGUGCAACUUUGGCAUGUUUGGUCUUGUUUUAUUCUUUACCCAACUUGCUCCUUGCUGUGCAACAACUGCCUUCAUCUAACAAGCUGGAUUUCAAAUGCAAGGUCUUAGCCAAUUUGUACAAGUAUAUUUCCUACUCUAUAAUUUGCUCUCUUUGAAUUUUGUUGCCCUAUAUAAUUAAAAGAGACUUUUUUUUACCACUGUUAUCAGAACCGCAUGAUAGUACCAGCAACAUAAGGUGCAGAAUACAUAAUGAAAUAUAUAAACUAAUUUUGUGAGUGGUUUUAGAGGCACUCCUGGUUCAGGACAAUAUAACUUGGGUGUGGUUACUUUAUCUUCAUUGUCCUGAGAGAUGCUCAGGCAUAAACUUGAUAUGGGUUGUAUUUCUCUUUUCCUAGUAAAUCUAAAAUAUUACUUUGUAUUAUCUUAUUUUUAUACCGACAUAUUAAGUUGUCUGAAGACCAUGUUUCAUACCCAGUGAAGAUAGAUUGCAAAAAUGCUUUGCAAAUGAAUUUUGCUAAAUAAACUAUCAACC